AUGACAUCUUGGUGUCAGAAUAACAGUCUGCUGCUCAAUGUAACAAAGACCAAGGAGCUGAUAGUGGAUUACAGGUGGCUGCAGGGAGAAGAACAUGCACCCAUUCACAUCGGGAGUGCAGCAGUGGAGAGAGUCAAAAGCUUCAGAUUCCUGGGCAUUAACAUCGGUGAGGAUCUGAGCUGGACACACCAUAUUGGUGUGAUCACAAAGACAAAUAUAAUACAUGUCGUAGUGGUUGGAGGCGGUUUUGGGGGUAUAGCAGCGGCACAACAACUCAAAUCCAAUGGCAUAAAAUGUACUCUCAUCGACUUGCGGGACGCUUUUCAUCAUAACGUUGCCGCGCUGCGCGCUUCUGUUCAAAGCGGCUUUGCCAAAAAGACUUUCAUCCCAUACAAGGAAACCUUUGGAGAGAGCUUUCUCCAGGGUCGAGUAGUGAAGGUAGACACAGAUGCAAGAGUCAUUGUUUUGGCAGAUGGACAGGAAGUGUGUUAUACACACCUUAUCCUGUCUACUGGAACAGACGGCCCUUUUCCUGGGAAAUUCAAUAACUUGGCCACUUAUGAAACAGCCAUUGAAGAGUAUGAGAAAUUUGUCAAAGAGAUCCAAUCUGCAGAGUCUGUAUUGGUGGUUGGUGGGGGUUCUACUGGUGUAGAGAUGGCAGCUGAGGUCAAAACAGAAUACCCCAGCAAGAAGGUUAUCCUGAUCCACUCCCAUAUUGGCUUGGCAGACACAGAGCUGCUCUCUAGUGUGAGACAACAGGCCAAAGAUGUGCUGUUGGAGAAAGGGGUGGAGCUUGUGUUAGGCCAGAAGGUUGUUAACCUGAAGAAUCUGAAGUUGAAUGUGACCCAGAAGGACAUGAUCAUCACAACAGAUAAAGGCACAGAGAUCAAAACCGAUCUUGUCAUCUGCUGCACAGGGAACAAGAUCAACUCACAAGCAUACAGCAGCACAAUGAGUGAAUGUCUAGCUCAGGAUGGAGCCUUGAAGGUGAACGACCACCUUCAGGUGAGGGGUUUCGAUAGGAUCUAUGCUGUUGGGGACUGUGCCAACAUCAACGAGCCCAAGAUGGCUUACCAUGCUGGGCUCCACGCCGGAAUCGCCGUCACAAACAUCAUCAACAGCCUCACUGGAAAGCCACUGGUCUCAUACCACACAGGCAAUGUGACCAUGCUUCUGGCCAUGGGCUGUGAUGAUGGAGUGGGACAGUUCAACGGCUACAGGCUACCACGCUUGCUUGUCACUCAAGGCAAGAGCAAAGGCCUUCUCCUGUGGAAGAGUUGGAAAGACAUGGGACAGACAUCUCCAUAGGAUGUCUGCCAUAGGAAGUGUAACAGUGUCCACGCCUGUGCCUAUGAACCUUUCUGUCCUCACAGUUCACUUGUGCCUUUUGAUACAUGACCUUAAAAAGUAUAGACAUUUGUUCUAAUAUAAAGCCAUCUUUUUUCAGUUUU